GCGGCUCGGCGGCUCGCACCGGAAGUGCUGGCGCUGUUGCUGCGGACGGUUUGAUGCGGUCCGGAGCGCCGAGGAGCCGCGGGUCCGAACAGACACGAACCGGGACAAACCCCACCUGAGCGGCGAGGUCCGGGCUCUGCGGCCGGGCAGCAGAGUCUGCGCCUCACGGAAGAACAACCGGGAGGUUUUAUAAAUCGCUUUUUUUUCGCCCAGCGGGACUUUUCGUGUCUCGGUGAACUCCGCGGAGCCAGCCCGCAGUCAGGCGGUGUGUUUGGGGGCUGACGCACCAGCAGGCGGGGGGGGCGGCGCACACGGCUAUGCUAGCUAGCCUCUUAGCAUGCUGACGGCUUUACCCGCCAGUGCCCUUUAGACGCACUGAAAAAAGAAGAAUCAGAAACAUAAACUUUAAACUUUUCUGGGGUCUUGAAGCGUAAAGCAGCGGCCUGGCGCCCCGCCGCCCUCCGAAGGCGACCAGGAGAAACCCGGAGACAAACCGUCGGAGUUUCCUUCAAGUAAACAAGCGCCGCUCGGCUGUGGCAGGCAGCGUUAGCAUGGCUAGCUGGUUAGCAUGAGGCAGGCAGCGUUAGCAGCAUGUAAACACACCCAAACUCACUCCACUCUCAUUUUCAUCUUCAGAAAUAUUAUUAACACAUAUCGAAGGGAGACAUUAGCAUUUUUACGCCAAGUGGUAAUGCACUUUUUAACUGGCAGCAUCAAAUAGAGGCGAGUGGACGUGCGGGCAGGGAGAGACUGGAUCACAGCUUUCCUGAAAAUAUCGCUUGACGUGUUUUGUUUUGGUGGCUGGAGGUCCGGUGUGAGCCUGCCAGCGGGGCCGGGGAGCAUGGAGGCAGGGAUGCCUGCUGCCAUCAGCCCAGCGCAGUUACAUAACAGCAGGUCGGGACUGAAGCAGCUGAACGCCUCUUCAGCUCUGAUGAUGCCAGGAGACUUCUGACAGCUGCAACCUUCCCUGGACCACACACACACACACACACACACACACACACACACACACACACACACACACACACACACACACACACACACACACACACACGGCUGGGAUCUGACUGCUGCACCCGGAAACAAACAGAGCAACAGAAGAGCAGAAAAACAUUUGCAUGAAAAUGGAUGCAAAUCCGCUGAUAAACGCCAUGGACCCGUCCAUCACGCUGUGGCAGUUCCUGCUCCACCUGCUGGAGGACGAGCGCCAGCGUCACCUGAUCUCCUGGACGGGCGAGGACGGCGAGUUCAAGCUGCUGGACGCCGAGGAGGUGGCGAGGCUGUGGGGGCUCCGCAAGAACAAGCACAACAUGAACUACGACAAGCUGAGCCGCGCGCUCAGAUACUACUACGACAAGAACAUCAUAAAGAAGGUGAGCGGGCAGAAGUUCGUCUAUAAGUUCGUCAGUCAUCCCGACUCCUCGCUGUCAGAGGGGCUGCGUAACGGGGAGGAGGGGCAGAGGCGGGACAUAGCCGACCCCAACAGCCAAUCCAAAGGCCUGGGGGGCGUGGUCACAACCUGUCCAUCAAAGGGCUUACCGCAGCAGCGGUCGUCGCCCAGCUGCUCACAGAAAAGUUCCCGUAACGACUACAUGAAGUCCGGCCUCUACUCCACCUUCACCAUCCAAUCACUGCAGGCCACGCCCAGCCCACGGCCAAUCAAAACAGAACUGCUGCUGACACAAGAGCCCGCCCCCAAAGUCGACAGGACACCCAGAGAGGUGUGUGUGUUGUCAGACUCCAAGUCCUGUCAGCCAGUAGGCGGCGCUGUGGAUUCAGCUCUGCAGGUGAUCGUCACUCAGCCGUCUCCCUGCCCGACCCCAGCCCUCAGCCCUCAGAUACCAGCCAUCACCGCCAGCCAAUCACAGAAGCCUCCUGCUCCUCCUGCUCCUCCUGCUCCUCCUGCUGCUGCUCCUCUCAGCGAGCCUCCUCAGAUCUAUCUCACCAGCAUGACUGACCCCUCCUCCCUCACCCCCCUCAUCCCCCUCGGCCCGCCCGGGGGGGCGGUGGGUCCCAUCGGGCCCCCCCAUGUCCCGCUGGGCACUCAGGGGCCCCAGCAAGACGAGUGCACUGGGAUCAGCACCCCCCCGACCUUCCCCCCUCACCCCCACCCUGCUCCUCAGCCCCACCCUCCUCCUCACGCUCCUCAACCCCACCCUCACCCGUCUCACCCGUCUCACCCCGCUCACCCGUCUCACCCCACGCCCACGUCUGUGUUCGUCAUCAUCAACCCGCCUCCCUCCCAGCAGGCUGCCAUGGCAACGCCACCUCCCUCGGCUGCUCCUCCUCCUCCUGUGGUGAUCAAGGAGGAGAACCUGCCGUCAGAGGAGGAGCUGCUGGAGAUGGUGACGCUGGAACACAAACAGGUGGAGGAGCUUCCUGCUCUCAGAGAGUCAGAGCCUGAACCCCCCCUCUCCGUGGAGAGCCCCCCUCCCUGCAUGGAGCCCGAGGUCGAAGGUCAGCAGCCUGCAGGAGAAGAGGGAGGGGAGGGGGAGAGCAAGGCCUCGCUUCCAGACGCCGCCAUCCCCCCUGUGACAUCAUCGUCAGCUGUGACCCCGGUGACCUCUGCCCCGGAAACAGUUCCUCCCAAACCCAAGAAGCCGCGGGGCCUGGAGCUGCCCUCCUCCCCCUCCCUGCCCCCCGGCCUGUCGCUGGACAAGGUUAAUGCUGCUGUGAACAGUUUACUGGCUCCUGGAUCUGCUACCAACACACUGACACCAACCGUCAUCACCUCCCAUGCCCUGACUCCGGUCUUGCUGACUCCCAGUCCUCUUCCCUCCACCAUUCACUUCUGGAGCACCCUGAGCCCCAUCGCUCCUCGCUCUCCAGCCAAGCUCUCCUUCCAGUUCCCCACUAACGGCAGUAACCAGAUCCACAUCCCGGCGCUGAGCGUUGACGGUCUCUCCACCCCGGUGGUUCUGUCCCCCGGGCCCCAGAAGCCCUGAGCUCCCUGCCCCGCCCGCAGAGCUCCGUUCUGGGCUUGGCCUCGCCGCAGGCUCCCUGCCCUCCUGGAGGGCCGGACAGAGUGUGACUGAAACUCUCCGCUGAACCCGGCAGAAAUGUUUUUGGGGGGGUCGGGCCGUCCUGACCGCUGAGCUGUCAGACUGGAGGACGUGGGGCGGAGCUUUCAAUGGUAAACUUUUCAAGGUGCCGUGCUUAUCGGUGCCAGCGGUGGAGGAAUGGAACCGCCUGCAGCUAAUCUGACUCCGGGACCGUCGGUCGGAUCUGGGACGGGAGCCGCUCCGAACCCUUUACCUUCGUCUGUCCAAAAAACCCGACAACAGCUCACAGUUUACGUUUAUAUACUGAGCUUUAGCUUUUUAGUCAACCUGCAACCGGAGAAACUUCCAGAGAGCAAGUGGAGGUUUGGACGCCACGACCCGUCUGAUCAGAUGGAGCGAGGAGCUCGGCUUUCACACGAGCCACAGAUGUAAAUCCAGAUGUUUUAUCACUGAACUGGGAGGACGUCCUGACCGGAUGUUCGGCUCGCUCUUAGCUCAGAAAGUGUCAGCUUGCGUCGUCUUGUCUUAAAGCUAACAAAGCUUCCUGUUCAGCAGUGACUCGAGGCAGCCGUCGCCUUCAGGCUUAAACUCGGGAAGCUUCCUUUUAACGUUCUUUUUGUCUCAUUUUCCUGCCAACAACAAAAACGUCUUGAUAAAAUUAUUAAUGGACUGAAGUUCUUGCUUCGAGAAAAAGUUUUCCAGAACUAACAUGAGUUUACCAAAUAAAAUAUUGAAUAUUUUAAAUUUUUAUGCGUAAACUAUCAGUAGUGAAUGGUUGAACUGUAUUUUAUCCCAGUCAGACUGUUCGCUCGCUGCUGGGUGGCGUUAGCACGAGCCCUGCAGUCUGAUGUGAGAAAUGAAGCAGCUGCAGAACAAAAACCACAACAAGCACAAAGCAAGCAGCAGCUUUUAAUAUCAUUUAUCUGAAGCAGAUGAUCAGACAGAAAUGUUAGUGGAUUAUUUUAUGAUCAGGCAGGGACCAUGUGAUCAUGAUAUAUGGGUGGCAAUUCGAUAUGUAUUGCAAUUCUGAAGUAUUGCGAUUCAAUAUUACAGUUUAUUGUGAUUUGUGUUUGUUUGUGUGAUUCUCCUAGAGGUCACUAGAGGUCAUUCCAGUGUGACAAAAGUCUCUGGCUGCAGUGAAAUGGCUGCUGUGG